UUUAAAGGUACACAAUUAUAAUUUUAGAAGAUGUUCCUAAAACAUUUAAUCACUAGUUGAUUAAUAAAAGUAUACCAUUAAUAUUGCAAAUUAUAUUUUAUCCUCUCAUAGUAGAAUCCCAAUUCAGUGCAUAUGAUAGGAUAUGUCCUGCUCCAGGUGCGAUAAAACGCUUUCGGCGGAAGAAGUUAAGACGAAAAUAAUGUGAUUUCUGCAAUGACGCCCAUUGUAUCCCAUGCUCAGGACUAUCCUCCUCGGAGACUCGGGUCACUCAACUGGCGAAAGGGCGUAUUCCUUUAUUCGCGUUCUCCCAAUGUAUAAGCAUGGUGAAGAUGAGAAGCCCCACAAGCACAAACAACCACAUGGAACACGAGUUGGAAAAACUGCAGGUCCAACUCACGGCAUCGGUCUUGUCAUUAAAGGAUGAAAUCGCUAACGCUUACACCCAGAAGUUAGAUGAUCUGAAGGAAAAUCUGACUAACAGAUUGGAAGCAUUUAAGGAGCUACUCAAUACUCAGAAGGCCCAUGCUAUACAGCACUCCUUAACACCUAAUGAUGAGGGUAGGCUUUCUGAAAGGAGUGAAUGUAUUCCGGUGACUGCGGAGGCUGUUCGGGUCGCGGUGAGUGAUGCACUUGGAUCUCUCUACAGCUCCAAGCUUCGGGAUCUCACGAAGCCUAAUAAGGAGAUUGGUUCUACGGGGGCCGUCCUCAGGGGAUCUGGAAAUGACGGAUUGGAGGAUUUUAGGGGAGAAGUAGGUAGGACGUGGCUAUACAUCGGGCGAGUAACCGAAAAAUCCAAUGAAGAGGCAGUUAAGAAUUUUAUAAAAAGGAAGAUCAAUAUGAAUGAUAGUGACGUAGCACUCAAGGGACCAGGCGAUUCUAUAAUUAUAACAAUUACUAUAAUGAAAACAAUGCUCGAGGCUAUAAUUCAUGGAGGAAUAACAAUUAUCGAUCAUAUGAACGCAGGCAGAACCAGCCAGGUAGAAAUUUUCCAGGGAACCAUCCAGAACAGGACCGAUUAUAAGUUCAAGGGGCCAGCUUCGAGUUUAUUAUCAGAAUGUGAGGGGCAUAAGAAGACUUUGGAAAGUUCUGUGGACAUACUAUGACAUUAUUGUUUUUGUAGAGACAUGGCUAAACGAUGACAUUUUGGAUAGUGAACUCGGCCUAAAAGACUAUUUCAUAUUUAGAUGUGAUAGGAACCAGAGAACUAGUGCGUGUUCCAGAGGAGGUGGUGUGUUGAUCGCAGUGAAACCAGGAAUUUCAGCUAGUCGAAUUGUGGGUCCUCCGGAUAUUGAAUUGUGUAUUUGUGGCAUUGUCUAAGGGUGGCUCGGGGAUUUUUAUCAGUGUAUAUUUACCCCCUCAAUCCACCAUUGAACUCUAUGAGGGGUACUGUAGUGCUGUGGAAAAUAUUAUUGAUAAUCACUCAUAUCAGGAUAUUUUUUUGAUGGGAGACUUCAACAUCCCUAAUGUAAAUUGGAUUAAUGAUGAUCGAGGUACCCUGGCAGUGGGUAAUGUUAACCCUCAGAGUCAAGUUUUGUCCAGUCUCUUUGCUUACCUUAAUUUGUCGCAGUUUAAUAGUAUUCCAAAUGUGUUGGGGGGUUACCUCGAUCUGGUUCUCAGCAAUGUUGAGACGGAGAUAGUCUUAGCAGAGCUACCUCUACUUUCAUUGGAUAAGUAUCAUCCGGCUUUAACAUUUGAAUUUGGUAUUUCACAGAAGCGUGGGGAGACCUUGAAGUUUGAUUAUGAAUAUUAUGAUUUCAAGAAUGGGGAUUUUGGAGCUAUUAAUGAUUUCUUAGGCCUGUAUGAUUGGGAGAAUUUGUUGAAUUCUAAUAUUCUUGGGGAAAAUAUCUAUUCAUUUUACAGCAUAGUUUAUAUGGCUUUUGAUUUAUAUAUCCCCAUAAAAAAAUAAAAAAAAAAACGCGUUGUAUUGUUUUUUAUAAAGUUUUUGUAGUUAGUUUUCACGUGUAUUUUAAAAGUUGAUUUUUACUACUGCAUUUGAGAAAUGAGGAUUCUUUUGAUUGUUGAGCAAUGUUGUAAACUUUACCAUAAUCCCACUUUGAAGAGUCCUGAAGAAGAG